UCAGGGCUGCGCUCGGACCAGCUGCAGCGCUCAGGAGGUGACACCGCGCCGAUCACCACCUCCCCCCGGGACGUUUCUGGGGUCUCUCUCCCUCUUCCUGCCACCGGAGGCAGCUGAGCUCCCGCCGCGCCGGGAUCCGCGGGGCCGUGCUCGGUCGGCGGAUGGACCCGCAGCCCGGCGCCAGGAGCUGCAGCCGCGGGGCUCCCGCCUGCGAGGUGGGGCCACCCGAACCCCCCAUGAACCUCUACAUCCACACCACCACCGGCACCCGCUAUGAGCUCUCGGUGCCCGCCGAGGAGACCGUGGAGGGGCUGAAGCGGCGGCUGUCCCAGCGCCUCAAGGUGCCCAAGGAGCGUCUGGCGCUGCUGCACAAAGAGAGCCGCCUCAGCUCUGGCAAACUGCAGGACCUGGGGGUCGUGGAAGGCAGCAAGCUGACCCUGGUGCCCACCGUGGAGGCCGGCUUGAUGUCCCAGGCGUCCAGGCCAGAACAGUCGGUGAUGCAAGCUCUGGAAAGCUUAACUGAAACUCAGGUCAACGACUUCUUGUCAGGCCGGUCCCCGCUGACCCUGGCCCUGCGCGUGGGUGACCACAUGAUGUUCGUGCAGCUGCAGCUGGCGGCCCAGCAGAGCACGGGGCAGCUCCAGCACCGGCACCUCAUCGCCAGCCGCGGCGAGGCGGGGCCCGGCGCCAGCCCCCACUGCCGGACGCUGCACGGUGCCGGCGGCUCCGGCUUCACCCGCAUCCCCGUGGUGCCAACGUGCCAACAGAGCCCGGCCCCCAGCCCCACGCCCGCCGCGCCGGCGCCCCCCGUGUACUGUAACGCCCCUCACGCCGCCCCCGUCACCGCCGGGAUGUUCCGGUCGCACGGGGCCAGCACGCAGACAGUGAACAGCAGCGUGGUGUCCUCCUGCUCAGAGGUGGACUGUGGCUCCCGCAGCAGCAGCUCCCCGGGCAGCAGCCCGGCCCCCUCGGCCCGAUCCCGCAAGCCCGGGGCUGUCAUCGAGAGCUUCGUCAACCACGCGCCUGGGGUCUUCUCAGGGACCUUCUCCGGCACUUUGCACCCCAACUGCCAGGACAGCAGCGGGCGGCCGCGGCGGGACAUCGGCACCAUCCUGCAGAUCCUCAACGACCUCCUCAGCGCCACGAGACACUACCAGGGCAUGCCCCAGUCCCUGACACAGCUCCGCUGCCAGACACAGUUCUCCUCCUCCUCUUCCUCCUCCUCCUCACCGCCUGCCUCUCCGGACCUCGCCACCAAAACUACCUCAGAGCCGCUGCCGGCGGCCGCCGCCCCCACCCUGCACCCCGUCGUCCAGUGCCAAAGCCAGAUCCGGAUGUGCAAGCCCAGUGGGGACCGGCUGCGGCAGACGGAGAACCGGGCGACGCGCUGCAAGGUGGAGCGGCUGCAGCUGCUGCUGCAGCAGAAGCGGCUGCGGCGGAAGGCGCGGCGGGACGCGCGGGCCCCCUACCACUGGGUGCCCAACCGCAAGGCCGGGCGCACCAACAGCAACAGCAGCGUCUCCAGCGAGGGCAGCCUGGACCUGGACUUCGAGGACUCGGUCUGGAAGCCGGAGGUCAAGGCCGAGAUGAAAUCCGAGUUUGUCGUAGCAUAGAGAGCCGGGGGACUGUGCCGGGGUGGGGGGGUCCCGUGAGCCGGGGCUGCUCCUCGAGGUGUCUCCUGCCACCACACGCCGUGGGCCGAGCUGCGUGUCAGGGGGAGCCCCCCACCCCCCUGCUCGCUUGGAUUUGGGGCCAUGGGGAGGGAGCAGCAGGAGCCGCCCUGCCUCCCUGUGCCCCCCCUGCCACGGGGGUCCCGGCACCCGGGGGUCCCUGGGGUGUAUCGAAGCUGCUGCUUUGCUGUGAAGAGGGGGCACAGUUGGGUGGGCUCCAGCCCCACCUUGUGCCACCCCCCGGUGCAGGCAGGAGGAGAUGAAGUCUCUCUCGGAGGUGCUGGAGCCCCCCCCGGUUUGGGGGCCGUUUGUUUUCCUUCCCUUCUAUAUGUAGCAUUGCUCGGCUGUGGGGCUGGGCCCCCCCUGUGCCUGAGCCCCACCGCCGCAGCCUGGGGAGGGGGGAC